UAUCUAGUAUUAUUUCUAUCUCAAUACUAUAUGUUGUCAAUAAUUAAUGUAGACGUAGAUUUUAUGGACAGUGGGGAACUUUUUGAAUUGGAAAGUAGUGAAUAUAUGGUAACCCAAAAAGUGAAAAAUGCUACUUUCUACUUGACAGUAGAUACAUAUGACAUUCCUAGAUAUAUAUUUUUAGAGUAACAUAAUAGUAAUAAUUAGAAUAUAAUUUUCAUAUCCCAAAGAGGGAGAUGUGAACUUCCUUAUGGCAGUGGGGAGAAAUCAAUUAACCAAAUUGGAAAACUCUAAUAUCAUAACUACAUACACCGAUUAUAACGGUUUCUAUCUCCAUAAAAACUAUCAUAACAUCAUCAUUCCAUCUAAUUCCUUUAAAACAGGAGAUAAGUUUUUCUUAACUAAUUUAAUAGGAAGUGAUAGACGCACAUAUUAAUACUUUCUUAAAAUAAGAAAAUUACCCUACCAACCGUGUCCCAACAAUUGUUCUUCUGAUUAAGGUAAAUGUGUUGAUGGGAUAUGUUCAUGCAACGAGAAUAGAAUAGAUUUAGAUUGCUCUAAAGAGAGUGAGGCUAUAAAAUUGGAUGAGAAGAUUGAAAAUAUGACAAUAUUAGGGACUAAAUACUUUUAUUUUUAAUAACCUACAUAAUUAGAAAAGAUUGUAUUUGAAAUGGGUUUGGAAAGUGAUUAUUACUAAGAGAUCACUUAAGUCACACUUUAUUACAUGUUUGAGAAUUAUAUAUUCGGCGCUCCAACUCAAUAUUAUACGAAUUUCACUUUUACAAAAGAUCUCAUGUCUAAUUCAAUAAAGUUCGAUGUCUCAAAAUUAUCUUACAAUUCAAAUCUAUUGAGGUACUUUUGCAUUUGAUUUAGAUUUAAUCGUCUGAUUUUUAGCUUAGUAACAGAGAAAGAAGUAAGAUGUAAUUUAUAUAUUACUUCAAUUUCAUCUAGUGAAUCUAAUGAUGCUAACUUAAAUAUAAUACUAUUUGUUACAAUUUCAAUCGCUGUAUUUAUAAUCAUGUUGAUCAUUUUGAUUGUCUGCAUUAGACGUAGACUUAAUAGAAGAUAACAUGACUUACGUGUAAUUCCGAUGGAAGAAAUUACUCUUUCAAUGGAAUUUUUAACAAAAUACAUGAAAAAAGUAGAAAAAGGAAAAAAAUAUAAUAAUUAACCUUGUUCAAUUUGUUUGGAAGAGAAAAAGCGUGAUCUCAGAUUAAUACUAUGCCAACAUCAAUUUCAUGUUGACUGUCUUUAUAACUGGUUAAUUAGAUGUAAUGGAAAUUAUAAAUGUCCAAAUUGCCGAGAAAUUAUUGAUUUAGAAAAACUGAAAAGAUCAAAUUUAAAAGGCAGUAAACUAAUAGAAAUUAGUUAAGACAGUAUUUUAGAUUAAUGA